UAAAGAUGGUAAUACACCAUUACAUCUUGCUUGUGGGAUUGGACGAAAGGAUAUGGUGUCGCUAUUACUAGAAACCAGUCUGUCUAACAAUAACUUAUUAAUUACUAACAAGAAAGGACAGACAUCAUUACACUUAGCAGCUGCCUCUGGUCAUAAGGAUAUUGCUGCAGCUUUACUGUUUUCAGUCACUGGUAGUUCUACUCAUCAUGAUCUCCUUACAGCUAACGAUGAUGAAGGAUCCACUGUAUUACAUACAGCUUGCAGUAAUGGUCAUAUUGAUAUGUUUCAUUAUUUGAUCAGUAUUUAUCCUCAAGGUGUUAAUGUAAUGGAUAAUAGAGGACGUGGUUUACUUCAUGCAGCAUGUGAGGAAGGAGAUAUUGGAAUAGUAAAAACAUUGAUUGAGACACAUGGAUUGGAUCCUUUAUCAGAAGAUAAAGAUGGCGUUUCCUGCUUACAUUUAAUAAAAAGAGUUUAUCUAUACCAGUAUUUGGAACCAAAUAUUACAUCUAACCCAACACCUAAAGACAAGUCUGGUCAUACUCCUCUUCAUUAUGCUUCUCGUUCUGGUAAUAUUUGUAUGGUACGGUAUUUCAUAGAGACCUUCCCCUGUACUCCUGAUGAUCCUGAUAAUAAUGGAUACACUUCAGUUCAUGGAGCAUGUGAAGCUGGUAGUAUAGAGCUAGUACAAUACUUUUUAAUUAAUCUUCAUUGUAAUGCACUAGCUGAAACUGCCGAUCGUAAAACCUUGCUUUAUUACGCUACUAUUAAUUCUAAUUUAGAGCUUGUUAGGUUUUUAGUUGUUGAAUUUGGUUUAAAACCUUAUCCACAUGAUAUUGAUAUAGCUAAAGCAAUUAAUCCUGAAUCAGCAUUAGCUAACUAUCUUCAAAAGAUUUUCAAUGAUAUGAUAUUUGAUAUGAUCAAGGAAGAAAAGAGAAUGAAGGAGGAAACUCAUCACGAGAAACACGAGCAGCAACAGAUUGGCCUGGAAACACAUGAUAUCAUAUCUUAAACGCUCGCUACCUUAAUGCCAAUACCAUCUAACCAUCACAAUUUUAGCACCUCUUAUCACCAACAUUAUCACCUUCAUACUACUUUUUGUAACAAUUAUAAUUAUUACACCUUAUCACCAUACUAAUGUAUAUACCUAUAAUAUCAUGUUAUACACUUCCUCAAUAUAUUCACCAAUUUACUUUUAUAUGGAUUUAAUAGCUGAACUUCUCUUUUCUUAAUUUCUUUGAUUACUCUUCAACUUAUAUUUUUCACUUUCUUCCUA